AUGGCGGCUUCCUUGCUUUCGUCGCCGACAGCGAAAGUUAAGAAACAGAAAUCUAUUUUAAGUUUUAUGCCAAAGUCAGGUGAAUCCGUCUCUCCGCCUGACAAGUCUGAGAAAAGGAAGAAACAAAUUUCUGAAGAUGCGACUUCAGAUGAAACUGAAAGAUCGUCGACGAUAAAGGUCUGCAGACCAAAUGACAUCGAAGGGCCUGAAAGAAAGAAACCAAAAGUAGUGCCACAGAAAUUUCAACACGAUUGGUUAAGAGAUUAUUCUUGGCUCCGCUAUGAUAAUGAGGCAGAUGCUAUGUCAUGUGCACUUUGCAUCAAACAUGGUAAGAAAAAUGCAAUGACUGAUAACAACAAGAACUUUAAAACCACAUCACUUGACCGCCAUGCAGGCACUGCUGACCACAAAGAGAGCGUCACAGCUGAAAACAUGCAGGGACAACUGCAGAAAUCUGUAGAGAAACUAGUGAAUGAGAAAGAAGCUGCAGCUUUGAUUGCCUUGAAAUCUACAUACUGGAUAGCCCAAGAAGGUCUUGCUAUUUCUAAGUAUGAAAGCCUGCUGGAUUUGUUGGAAGAAAUGAAGUGUCCCAAUAUUGAAGAGUUAAAGUGCACCAAAAGCAUCAAUUAUAGAUCUGAUAAAACAGCAGGAGAAAUGAUAAGCACUAUUGCAACUGUGAUCAGGAGAGAUCUUGCUGGUAAACUGAUGGCUAGUCCAUAUGUUAGUUUUCUCUUAGAUGAAAGCACUGACAUUGCAACAACCAAAAAACUAGUACUUUAUGCCAGAAUUCUUGAUUCAGAAUUCACUCCUUCCACACAUUUUGUGACAAACAUCAAAAUAGAAAGUACCACAGGUGAAGCUAUCUACAAUGAGCUGAAAUCUGUAAUGAAUGAACCUGGCAGAGUUAUUCCACCAUCAAAGGUAAUGGGCCUUGGGACAGAUGGAGCUAAAGUUAUGACUGGGACUGGGAAAGGGCUAACUGGAUUCAUGUUGAGAGACAACCCAAUGAUGCUGAACUACCAUUGCAUAGCUCAUAGACUGGCUUUAGUCACAUCACAAGCAGCCAACCAAGUCGCCUACUUAGUUGAUUAUCAAAACACAUUAACGGGAAUUUUCUACUUUUUCAAGUCAUCAGCUAAUAGAGUUGCAAAGUUGUCUGCGAUACAGGAUAUGCUGAAUGAACCCAGCCUGAAAGUGAAGGAGAUCCAUGAAGUAAGAUGGUUGUCUACAUAUAUUGCAGUACAAACAGUGUAUAGGACACUCGAUUCACUGCUCACAUUUUUCAGCUCUGAUCAAGAUGCGAAGUCCAAAGGCUAUGCAAAGAAAAUGAUUCAGUAUGACUUUGUAGCUAGUACCUACCUGAUGAUGGAUGUACUUCCAAUCGUAUCUGAGAUGUGUUUGGUGUUCCAGAAGGAAGACUUGGAUGUCAGUCAAGUGAAGGUACAGGUUGACCAUGCCAGAAGGGCACUGGAGAAACUCAAGGCUGGAGAAGAUGAAACUACUUAUCUGCAUGAACUGAAGGAGAAACAUCUGACGAUUGAAGGAGGGAAGUUUGUCUUCAAGGGAAAUCACAUUCUUCAGGGAAAACAAAACACCGAGUCCAUCAAAUUGCAGCUGAUUGACCAGAUCUUGAAGAAGCUGAGUGAAAGAUUUCCUGAUGAUGAUAGCAAUGUCAUUUAUGCUUUUUCUAUACUUGCUAUGAGGCCACUGACUUUCUUAUCUAAAUCAGAGCGGAAGACGUGGGGGGAGGAUAAAUUAGAAGUUUUAAUCAAGCAGUAUGGGGAGGAGAAAGUCACACAACAAGUAACGCAGGAGCCUUUGAUUAACCCAGGUGACACCAGGAGAGAGUGGGCAAUGGUCAAGGAGCUGGUUUUACAUGAAGGCUAUAAAAGGGACAAAAUGACAGAGCUGUGGAGCCUUGUGAACAAGCACCACAAAGAUGAUUAUCCCAACCUCCUCACAUUAGCAGCAUUGGCAUUAAUUGCCCCCAUUCACACAGCGGAUUGUGAGAGAGGCUUUAGUGCCCAGAAUGCCACCAAGACAGCACUGAGGAAUAGGCUCUCUCCUGACAAAGUGAACGACAUCUUGACAAUUAAACUUGAGGGGGGGGGAUAGGAGAAAGUUUGACUUCAUGGAGGCUCUUCAAGAAUGGAGAGUCAAAAACAGGAAACUGUUUGUUAAAUGACUAAGUUAGUUGUUCAUUAUGUGAACUUAAAUGGACAGUACAGUACAGCAGUG